UGUAGAUUAUAAAUCGGAGCUAAUCGGGACGGGUAUAAAAGAAGGUGCCUGUGAUCGAACAGGUUAGAGAGCCGCAUAAUGAAGUGCCUGACGCUAUUUGCGCUUUUGUUCUUGGCAACGUUGGCCUUUGUGAGCGCCGGCAAGGUCAUGAUCAACGGCAAGUGUGUAAACUGCUCCACCGACAAAACCACAACCUCCACCGCCACAACCACCCACAAACCUUCGACUGGCAAAGGAGGUGGUGGCAGGACCACUGCCAAGCCCAAGUCGAAAUCCACUCCAGCCCGCAGGCAAUCUUCCUCGGAGGAGGAUGACGAUGAUGACCUUGGUGGCAGCUGGUCACUUCAUCAAUCUGGGGGAUCGCAGUACAUAGGAAGGCGUUCGAAGCGCCAAGGGGGUCAGUACAUUGAUCUCGGAAGAGGAGGAGGAGGUGGAUGGUCAGGAGGUGGCGUCACCACCAUCGAUUCCCGUCCCUAUCCCGGAGGAACCUUGGUGCGGAACAGUGACUGCGUCGGCUGUAACAUUCGUGGUUAAAUCACCAAAUUAAAUUACAAAAUAAACGUUCAAUAAAACAUUUUUAAAAGAAAAACCAA